AUGGAUAGGUUCAAUGGCUCCGCUCGUCUCAUGAUUGUGUCUGACCUUGACCACACGAUGGUAUGAUGUGCAUAUGGUCUCUCUCUUUGAUCUCUAUGAGUUAACCUUGCUUCUUUAAUGGCUUAACCCAUCAGCUUCUGCUCUCAGGUCGAUCAUCAUGACACGGAGAAUUUAUCGCUGCUUAGGUUCAACGCUUUGUGGGAAUCCGAGUACCGCCAUGAUUCCCUGCUUGUUUUCUCAACUGGAAGGUCGCCAACACUUUACAAAGAACUGAGGAAGGAAAAACCCAUGUUAACUCCUGAUAUAACCAUUAUGUCUGUGGGUACUGAGAUCACGUAUGGUGAAGCCAUGGUGCCAGAUGAGGGCUGGGAAGAGUAUUUGAAUGAAGGGUGGGAUAGGAGUAUUGUUGUUCAAGAAACUGCCAGGUUUUCCCAGCUUACACUUCAGGUAAGAUUCUCCUGUCACAGAGUAGAUUACGCUGUGUUUCUGUCAAUUAUUAUCCUCAUGCCCAGCCCACGUCUGAUAUUUUCUCUUCUUUUCAUUUUUUGACACAGGUGGAAACAGAGCAGCGGCCACACAAAGUCAGUUUUAAUGUUCAUGAGGGGCAUGCUGACGAUGUGCAGAAAUCUCUGUUGGCAUCUUUGGAGAAUCAUGGGGUAUAACUCGUCUCCUAAUUUUCGCCAUUGAUUCGAAAUCAAAUAUAUGUUUGAAGAUUAUUCUUACCAUUGAAAAUUUGUGUGUUGCAGAUCCCCUUUGUAUUUUCUAACUUUUGCUUUACCGUGGUUUUUGAGUAGUUAAAAGUGAAAAUAAUUUAUAGUGGCAGUCAAGACCUCGACAUAUUACCAGAAGGUGCUGGCAAGGGACAGGCACUUGCUUAUCUUCUCAAAAAGUUAAAGUCUAAUGGGAGGUCACCCUUGAACACUCUGGCUUGUGGUGACUCUGGCAAUGAUGCUGAACUAUUCACCAUUCCUGAGGUUCAUGGGGUCAUGGUGAGAAACUUGAAUAGCAUCCAUUGAUUUAUUUACAGCCUCUAUUUGACCUUCUUUACUCAAGUUGCUUUAUGUAUUUUUCUUUCUGAAAUUUCAUUCGAGAACAAUCGAUGCGUAAAUGUCUCACACGUCAUAUCUAAAUUAAUGAAAAAGACUGUGCAUGGAUUUUUUGCACUUAAUAAUGGAUUCUUUUUGCAAGUAUUUUUUUCAUGGAAAGUAUACGAAUUGAUAUAAUUCUUUGUUGUGAAUUCAUUUUAACAUUGUCCAUCAUAAAUACGACAUCGUUUCUGUGGAAAAGGUGCCCAACAUGACAGCCACAGUCAUGUAAAAUCACAGAGAUUUUGGUAAGAUUAUCGAGACUGCAUCAUUUCUGUGUGGACAAGGUGAGCAACAUGAUGACCAUAGUCAUGUACAUUUUAUAGGGCGUCUGGUGAACCUCUGUUUGUUGCAAAUUAGGCUUUCGGACAUCAUACCUUUGGGUUUUGAGAGACAUGGACGUUAGGUGUCCUGCUCCUACUGGAGUUCCACAGUGAUAUUAGCUCUCAGUAGCAUGCUUAUAUUUCAAAUCUGUAUUGUUCCCCUUUCAAAUCAUAUUGUUUUAUUUGUGGAAUAAUCAAAGUAUUAAAUGGGAUGGAAGAAUGGGAAGAGAAUGUGGUAGAAAGAUAGGAACCCCCAUUCUCUCCAUGGAGAAGGCAAAAAAAUUCGCACAUCUUAAUUGUCUUGGUCCAGUGUCGUAGCAGUGCGCCUAACUCAUACACUGUUGAAGAAAAAUGUUGGUUUAAGAAAUGGUUUUUUCGAUGGGUGGAAAAAAGGGAUUAAGACAGAAAGAAGAUGAUUAGGAUGGAUGACUAUCGUUUUAAGUCCAGAAAAUAAGGAGAUGGAUGACUAUCCCCUUGUUGUAUACUUGUUGGUAGGAGUAUGGCAAAAAGUGUUGAACACUCAUCGGUAGAGUACGGCGGCAGAUUUAAAGUGAAGGAGGCAGCCGACUUAGGUAUUCCGGACGUCCACUUCCUUUGGGCUGCUGAAAGCAUGGCGUUCUCAUGGGAAGCAGUCGAUGAUGUUUGGUUUUUGAUCAAUGACAACCAGUGGUAACCUGUUGGUUGGUAUUUGCUGAGAAGAUGACUGCUGAACAUCUUGCGAUUAAUUUUUAUUAACAGUAAAAGAGUGUAUACACUUGAGUAUGAGGAAGAGAAAGGUAGAAAGGAUUAUCGUAGGCAAGGGUUUAAUAACCCAACAUGUAUAGUGUCAUGGCGUAGGAAUAAGAGAGGGCACAUUAUGCAUAGCCUUGGCGCAAGCAUAUUUUUUAUCACAAUAUAACUUCAUAAGCGAACAUCUUGUAUCCUCUAGUCAUAUAGGAUAUUUUCAACCACAGUAAAUCACAGAUUCCAUGAGCCGUGCCCUUGAAUUCAGCUUCAGCACUUGAGCUGACAAUUACAAGUUGUUUCUUUCUCUUCCAUGUCACAAAAUUUUCUCCCAGGAACAUGCAAUAACCUGUAGUGAACUUUCUGUCAAAUAGUGAUUGUAUAUAGUCUGCAUUUGUAUAAAUUUUGAAGUUAGCUCUCCACCUUUUUAGAAUAAGAGUUCUCUCCCAGUUGUGUCUUUGAGGUACCGAAGUAUUCUCUAAAUUUCUUGUACGUGCCGACCUCGAAUGUAGGACCUCCUCGGGUGUGAUGUAGGACUCUAUUGUGAAUGUAAACUUAAGAUAAAUGUAGAUUGAUGUUCCUAUAUUUGAUUUCGUGGAAGAUCAUUACGAAACAACGAAUCCAUGCUCUCAUCUUUCCUAGAAGUCUUCCCUUGAAGAUGCGGAAAUCAGACUGUGUAGAAAGGGUUGUUCUUAGAAAAGUUAAUAUCCAUACUGAAAGGACUAUGUCUAGGAGGAUGAUAACAUUUUUAUUUUUGAUUUUUGGAAUAACUAAUGAAGAAUCAUUUUAGGCGUCGAAGAUGUAAAUUAGAUCAAUGUCUAUGUGGACGUGAAGAACCAAAUAUUUUUGAGGAUACACAGCCUGUUUUGACACCCUUAGGAUAAAGUUAGGACAGCAGCCCUAGAGGAAAUUUAUUGCCAAUUUAUUAAAAUGCAUCUACUUACAGGAUUUUGGUACCCUAAAUUAGAAAAACAAUGCCCCAUGACUUUUAAGAUGUCUAUUUUUGCAUGUAGCAAGCCCAUUUUUUGUUGGGAAUUAUCGACACAUUAGCAUCUGUAGACUAUUCCCUCCUUCUGGAAAAAGAAGGUGAGAAAUUGGGUUAAAUACUCUUUCCCGUGAUCAUACCAAGCCCUCUUGAUACUUUUUCCAAAUUGAGUUUUAACCAUAUUAUAGAGUAUUGACAUGUAGCAUCAAUUUUUUCUUAAAUAAGAUACGACCAAGUUUUACAUGCACAAUUACCAAUACAUCAGACAAACCACUUAGCAUCAGUAAUGGGAAUUUUGGAUAGGCCUGAAAGACCAGGAUGAACUGAGGAGAAAAGCUCUGAUGAUUUUAUUGAACACCAAAAAGGAAAGAAACAUGAUUAUGUUUUUGCAAACUCGCUAACAUCACAUUGUAAGGUAUCAAUUGAAAUGUUUCCACGUGAGGAAAGCGUAGUUCGAAGAGUCUGAAGAGAUCAAUGACCAAGUCUUAAAUGACGAAACCAAAUUUUGGAUUUUUCCGAGGAGAGGGAUGUAUAGUUGGAUGAGCAUAGCGACAACUGAUUUUUCUCACUAAAGUCACCUUUAUUUUCUUCAAGAUUAACAACCCGUUUCUUAGCAUAUCCAACGACCUUACCUUUAGUAAAUUGUAAAAUUCAGGUCUUUGGUAAAUUUUCAGAUGUAUAGAAGAUUGAUUGAUUGAAAAUGAGAGGGUAGGGGUAACUUUAACGCUGCUGUGACCAGUGAUUCGGACAGCUGACCCAUCAGGCACAUUAAUUUUCCGAUUUCCAAAGGUUAGGCAUGUAUUAAUUAAGUUUAUUUUUUUUAUUGGGUUUUAGGGUUAUUGGAACUAGAAUCUGUGAGCCAUGGCUCAAAGUAAAUAUACUCGGAAACUUUAGAAGUGCCAGAACUCAGACGCUCACCCCUCUGAGCCAAUGAACGCAUACAAGAAGUCUUGGUGAGAGAGUUGAGUAGACCUUUCAGUUUUUUGAUGUCAUCUUGCUGAAUUAUUUCCCAUAAUUAGUUAGCUCAUCUUGGGAAGUAUUCUCAUUAACAAGGUUGACUUGGCUUAAUUGUGUUUCGUUGAAUCUACCAUUCUUUAUUGAUAUGAGCUUUCUCAUGAUGCUUGAAGAAAUUAUCCCUCGUAUGUCAGGGCUUUUUGUUCUAUCUCAUUCUAUCUCAUUCGGACUGUUCGGAAUCAUUACCCUUAUUUUUGAGUUCUGGAUUCUACUGCAUACUUUCUUCAGCAGCUGUACUCUUCUUGGUCAUAAUAGCAGAACCUUCAUAUGACUGUGUAUUCAGUAUAAAAUCUUUCCUAGUUCUUAUCUACAUGGAUGAUGAGAAAAGCUCACUAAGUGACGGUAGUCAGUCCUUUCCUAACACUUGCACACGUGAUCAUAUUCCAUAUUUAGUCCUACUAGAAAAGCAAAAAAAUUGUAUCAUCAGCAUACAUCAUCUUAAAAUCUUGAUAAUGAUCCAUUUCAAGCCAAAGACCGUUCAAAUAGUUGAAGAAUUCAGUAAUAGGAAGAGAACAUGGCGCUUUAUCACUUUCAGAAAUCAUUGCCGCGUAUUUCUUCAUCAAAUUUAUCUUUUGACUAUUAUCUUGCUUCAUUGAAUUCUAUACUCAGGACAUGAUCAUUGACUAUUCCUCAUCUCAUGCUUGGAACAUAAGAUCAUUCUCGCUCGGACUAGUCCCAUCUAAUUAGCAAAUCUUCUCUUUUUCCUUCAAGAAUGUUCUCACGAUCUCUGACCAUCGCAAUUAGUUUUUUUCUAUUCAAGAGGUAGGCGCCAUUAGUGCAUUGACACUUUCCACUGAGAACUCAUUGAUGGGAAAUCUAGGACAACUUCAGAGGUAGACACACUGUUCUAGAAAAUCUAAGAUAUUUCACAGAAUAGUCAGAAAUUAAUGAAGAAAACAGGUGUCAAUGAAGGUCAUGAAAUAUUUCAGGGAGGUGCUGGGGUGGCGAUAAAGGCCAAUAGAGACAGUGGAUAACGAAAAAGAUUAGGCUUGAAAAAUACUAGUGGUCAGGUUACCGUCGUGGCUCUGACGCCAUGAUGAAAGAAUUUAUUCUCUAUAACAUAUAUGGGGCUGGAAGAGAUUCUCUCCUGCUAUCUUCAGAAGGCCUGAAAAUUGAGCGUGCCCAGAAGGGGAUUAUAGAAAGGGAAAACGAAAAAAAAUAAACAGGAAAACAGAACUUCCUAAAAAGUUUCUAACAGCUUUAAGUUUCUGGAAUACUAUAUAUUAAGGAAAAGUGUUAUAUUUAGGAAUAUAUCUCUGAAAUUAUUUGACGAUAUUCAUCAAUAAGCUUGCUAGUUGGAGCUGAUGAUUGAUGCCGCCAUUGCAUUUAGUUAACUUGCCAAGAUGAAAAAGGAUAAAGCUUGCUUGAAACCUUUGGAAACCAAACCAAAUUGAUAAGGUCUUCAGCCGGAAAACAGUCGGAAAGGGACAUCUUCUUACGAGAAGAAGUAUUAAAGAAAGGAAGAACAGUCAAUUCGAGUGCUCCGGUUAGCACGAGCUGAAUGAAAACAGUGGAUAUACUCCCUUUCCAUAGGACUUCCCUGCGAAUCAUGAUUACGACAGAUAUAUUUAAUGUUUCAAUAGUGAAAAUUUUAUGAUCCUGCACGAUGUGAAGCUCGUUGAGCAUCUGCCAGGUACAUACAUGCCAUCUAAUGUGUCCAUCUAGUCGUCUUAUUAAUGCGUGCGUAGGUCUGACUGCAUAUUCUUCUUCGGAUAAAUCUGACUGCAUGAUGUUCUUGACUUACCUUGUAUGAGCAGAAUUCUGACAUUCAGUUCGUAUGUAGGUCAAGAAUGCUCAAAAGGAACUACUGCAGUGGUACACAGAUAACGCCAAGAGCAACCCAAAAAUACUUCAUGCAACUGAAAGGUGUGCUGCUGGUAUUAUUGAAGCCAUCGGUCAUUUUAAUCUCGGCCCAAAUUUGUCUCCAAGGGACGUUGAAAACCUUUCCAGUUAUAAGCUCGAGAGCUUCUGCCCUGGUCUUGAGAUAGUGAAGCUGUACAUCUUGUAUGAGAGAUGGCUCCGUGGUGAGAUGGGGAGCUCUGAACUUAUCCAGAACUUGAAGGCCAUCUGUGUGAGUCCGAACACCAUUGCAUAAGAUAUGUUUCCUUUUCUGGAAUAAUCAAGAAGAAACAUCCAAGCCUGGGUCUGGAUUUCCUGUCUUUUCUUCUCCUCUUGGCCUUAAUAAUUUGUUUUACCCGUUGAUUUUCUUCUCCUUUUACGUCUUUCUGACAAAACCAGUCAUGAUUUUAGUUACUAAUUCUGGCGACGGCUAACCCGAAUCUGCAUAUAUAUAUAUACUAAUAUAUAUAUGUUUUCUGGCAGCACCCAUCUGGCGUCAUGGUCCACCCAUCAGGCAUUGAGAAAACUCUUCAGGAUACCAUGGACGCCUUGGAACCUCUCUAUGGCCACCUUAGAGGAGACAGAAGCCGUCGCGUAUGGGUCGAUAAGGUUUCUCUUAGUCAGAUUUGUUCGGAUGCCUGGCUAGUUAAGUUCGACAAAUGGGAGUCCUCUGGUGAGCUCCAUUUCUGCUCGAAUUCCCACUUUUUAUGAACUUUACAGUCUUGAUUAUCCUCAAGACCUUUACAGAUAAAAAAAAUAUUUUUUUUUACUCAUGGAAUAUGCGCGCCCUAUUCAAUGCUGGUGCGUUGACAUUUGGAAGCUCUCCUCACAGGUGGGGAGCGCCGCGGUUGCGUGAGCACUGUUCUACUAAAGUCAAAGGUAACUUAACCUACGAUCUUGAUUGUACUGUUCUAGUAAAGUCUCUGUCGCAGCCUGUUUAUGUACUUGUUUAAUCUUUGAACAUCUAUCAGCCGGAGGGCGCCAAUGGGUUCGAGCUGGUGCACGUGCACGAGACAUGGCUGGACGGACAAGGCGGCGGCGAUGGCGCUGCUUGGGCUUUCUAG